UUCACGUCCAAGCUUAAGGUGUUCUCCGAACGAUAUGGAACUCCCCGUCAGAGCCGUUUUUCUGCUAACUAUUGCUAUGCGUGUCUAUGCUGGCCUUCCCCAUACGCCGGACAUUUCAUCUAAACCGGCCCCGCUUGUAGGUCCACUUCAACCGCAGAUGCCACAGGUUGCUAAUGACUAUGGGUUCCGCUACGCAGUUAACGAUUUUAACGGCAACGAACAUUCGCACCAGCAGAGACGCGUCGGUAAUUCAGUUACGGGACAGUAUAAAGUGUUAUUGCCUGACGGACGAUUACAGACUGUCACAUACAUCGCGGACGAGAAUGGCUAUCGAGCUAAAGUGGAUUACACACCCGGCCGUCCUGGGGAAGCUACUACAGCUGGCUUCGGUGUCCCUCCGCCUGUACCUUUGAGACCUGGGCCUUUAAACGUUCCAUUCGCAGCACAAAAAACAGCGGAGAUCGCAUCCGUCGUUGAAGAGACUCAAGAACAGAGUCCUUUAUUACGAAGGAGUGAUGAUGACGCUGUAACGAAGGAUAUCGUAGAUGCUGAACAAAUAGAUUUACUUUCAUACGAUGGAAGUGAUGAAGAUCGCACGACAGUUAAAAGAGGCACCAGGAGGCUCGGUUCCAUGCCGAAAUUAGCACAUCUUUCAUACAACAAUCGUGCAGGUAGAAUUCGAUUUAACGAUGCUUACACUAGUGUACCUCGUUUUGGAUCAUUGGCCAACUACCGAUCGCCCUACACCGCAGCACGAUUUGCAUAUUAAACUAUAGACCCAGUUGAUGAAUAAUAUGGGACAAUAACAUGGUAUUCACAUAAUUCUAUAUACGUCCAGUUGAG